AUGCCGGCCCCAUCACUACUUCACCUGGCCACAGCCACGGCUAUCCGUUUCGUCAAAGACCUAGAUGAUCUAGGCGCCAUGCCAUACUCACUUGCUCGUCCCAUCCUGCUUAAUAUCCAUAACCCCGAAAAGCUGCACGCCAUGGAGCUCGCAUCCCCCCACCUCGCUGAAGAAGAUGAAGAAAUGUGGCUUGAGCUCAUUAAACGAGACAUUCCCGAGUGGGAAAAAUAUCAACUCCCGGAGAAUACUAACGAUUGGUAUGGGGUGUACUGUGACCUUCGCGACCAAGUCCAACGUUCUCUUGACGCCGAUGCGGAGAAAUUGAAGAUGGCCAUUGACGGCAUUAGUGCCAAGCGUGCACUUCUCACUCCCAAACUCAUCCCCGAGAGCAAGGGUUUGCGUAUGGCCGGAUCCCGACCCUCUAUGCGACAACGCCACACUACAUAUGAUCGCAAGACGGGCCUUGUUGAAAAGAAACCUAGCAUCUUCCAGCCGCAGAAGCGCAACACCGCGCUGACGAUGCCUACAAAGUCUCUGAACAACCGUGCAUCGCAAGUCAAGCGCGCACCAAUUGGCUUGGUUGAAGAACACCGGCGCCCCGCCGAGCAGCCAGCACCACGGCCGGCCUCGAAUGCCCAACCACUUCCCCCACGCACCAUCCGGCGCCCGAGCACGCUCCCACCCUCGCUUCAGCACCCCAUGCUGGCCAAGAAUGAGGCGCGACUACGUGCACUUACUUCCGCCUCCACCACCUCACCACGUGACGCAUCUAGCAGCGAUGUGUCUGGCGUGAAGAAGUUAGCAGCUGUGGCUACUGACCCUAAGCUGAAGCGCCGUGCGACCUCCCCUCACGGUGCAGAGAACCCCUCUCUUUCUUCUUCUUCUUCUUCUUCUUCUUCUUCUCUGUCCGCUCCCCACACCUCUUCUCUCCCCCCCUCCCGCCCGCCUUUCUCUGGACCUCACCUACCCCGCCCAGGUGUUAUUCGUCGACGUCCGGCGCCGAGCAUCUUCAUGCCGGCAAAGCGGCGACACUUGUCGUGA